GGGAAGUCAGUCAGCACCGUGUGGCCGUCUGUCGCCGAUAGUGUGUUUACAAGACUAGGUUUCGUUUUGUAUGUGGAUUUUCACAUCGUUUGCGUUGCCGGGUUUUGUUUACGUUCGCUCGUCGCUUUACGGACCGUCUUUUUUCAGUCGGUAAUUCGCGGUAUCACCAGUUGGCCGCUGCUGACACUGUCACAGUCUGAACUAACGGCUCGGUGAUACAGUAGCUUUUAGCGGAUAUUUUUUUUUAGCGUCAAACUGGAAAAUACUUGAUGGAAAAGCGAAAAAUCCCCGGCAUUUGCUCGCUUCUUUUCCGGUCACAUCGCCUUAACAGUCCAGGACACAGCGUAGUUCAUUUGGUUGGUUCAGAACAGACUUUUUACAUUUUACAUCAAGCCCGGAGCUUUUCAUUGAACUUGUGUAUUGACCGCUGGCUGUGAGCUGGCUGUAACUUCAUCGGUGCAUCCCAAUGUUCAAAGAGUGAUUUAAACUGAAAGUGACAGACUAACUAACGUUACCUCUACUUUACGACAUGCUGUCAUUAACAAGAACAAGUGGACUCCUUGCUGACCCAUCGUCGAGGCUACAAACAUGCUUUUAACGGCGUAAUUCAGUUGUGUGCGAUUCCAUGCUCCUCCAUGCCUUUGUUGGCAUCUAAUGGAAGAAAAAGCACUGAUCAGGUCCACUAUGGUAUCCAGACUGCCUAAGUUCGGUGGACGCUCCUCAACUGGUGGCGCUAGCCCCUUGCCCAAUGGUUCCACCCAGCCAACCACUACUAGCCAGGAUGGUAAGACCACUCCCCCAGGAACACGUCCAAAUGGUGUGAUCCGUGCCUCUCCUUUUUCCCUGAAGUGGAAGAGAGAUGAGGGCAUGACCCCCCCUAGCCCCACCACCCCCUCUAGCCCUGGGGACGGAGGUGAAGACAAGGCUCAGUCACAGCUUCCCUCAUUGGCAAAGGAGGUAAAGAAUGGGUCUCCAGGGACGCCCAAGAUGCGGAGGUCAGGUACUUUGAUGGUUGCUGUCUCUAGCCCCAAGGCCAUCCCCAAACAGUCCAUGAAGAUGAGUCCAAAAGUAGGGACCAAGCUAGGCCAAAGCCCACUGAAUGGAGGUCCUAAAAUGGGCCAUAAUGGCACCAGCAUUCCUCCUCGAACAGGGUCAGAUUCCCGUGUCCUGCGGCCGCGGUUAGGCUCCAGCUCUCCCAGAAGCAGCUCUCAAGACAGCCUGUCCCAGUCCAGUGACAGCCUGAAGAACUUGGCACUGGACAACAUGGUGCGUUCGAACAGCUUCACUCACUUCAAGCAGAUUCCCUCUCCCACAAGCCUACCUAUGACACGGUCCUUCUCCUUUAACCGGGCUGUGGAGCUAGCCAAGCCUCUGGCCAACACUCAGCUCCGGCCUCCCCGGAGUACUUUCCUUAAACCCCCUCAGCUGAGCAAUGGAAGAGUGGGUUUAGGACUUGGAGGCCUGAAUGGCAACCUUGGAGGUUCAGGAGGUUUAGGUGGAGUACUUGGAGGACUUCAGCACAGCAGAACUCCUCCAGCUGCCACCUCUCUGCCUACCCCUUCGAUCCCUCCAGCACCCACUACUCCCAGUGCUCUGAAGAAGCCUCUGCUCCCCAGUUGUGUGCUGACCAAGUCAAUAGGCAGCAGUGGGGGAUCUCUGAGCUACAAGCUGGCUCGAUCUGGGCCGGUCAAACAGCAGAAGCCUCUUUUUCCAGGUAGGGUCAAAGGGGACAUCAGACCCUCAGCUGCCCCUGAGUGUGGAGAGCCAUUAGGAAUAGCAAUAGACACUGAACCAUCUGUUAAGGCUGAAAAAGCAGAGUCUCAUAGUGACAGUGAUGGAAGCUCUGGAGAUGGAGGAGGAAAAAGUGGAGGAAGUGGUUUGCUCAGGGAGAGCUCUGGCCAGGCAGCAGGCGAGACUCUGGAGGACAUGUCUUUAUCUUCUGCCUCAUCUCUAGACAGAGGUGACACCAGUGAAGAGUUUGCAGAUGACUUUGACAGUGUUGGAGAUGUGCUCAGUGAUGGGGACAUGCCUGACAAUAGGAAAAUUGGCAGCACUACCCAAACCUGCCUACACAGCUUUCUCAAUGACACCAUUGACUGGGACGCUAUCGACCUGGCAGGAUCUAAAGAAGAAAGCCCUAUGCAGGACUCCCAGGGACCACUGGUUUUGUCUCCAGAGCGAGAUAAUGUUCCCCAGGCUUCAUCUGUGGAGCUGUCGCCCUCCAACAGCUCCGGUGGAACUUACAUGUGGGAUGAAGAGGGUCUUGAGCCCCUUGGGGGACCAGGGAUUCAUCCAUUAGACAGCUAUGAUGAUUCAGAGCUCAACAGCCUGGAUAUCCUGAACAACCUGGACCCUCGGGGAACUGGAGAGUUGGAUGAUGAUGACCUCAUGCUAGACGUGGACCUCUCAGAGGAUGGCUUGCAUGACAUUGACAGGAUGGCCCACAUUGAGCGCUCGGAGAGGGCAGGUCGGCAGGGGCAGCGGCGUAAACACCACCGUUGGAGUGGACCAGAUCACCUCCACCAUGAUAGCAGGGCCAGUGUCUUCCCGCACUAUGACGGACUCAAGUCUUCAAGGAUCUCUUCACGGCCCAUCCCCUCUGAAGGCAGGCAGCAUGGCUACAUGGCAAUGCUGGAUGAACUCACACUCGAACACAUGACUCAAGAUUGCAGCUCGCUCAAGAACCAGCUGCUCAGGCUCAAAACAUUACUACAGCUUGAGGAUACAGACUCUCCCACAGAUGCUCCUGAGGAGAUUGAAGACAAUACCACUGCAUCACAGUUGGAAGAGCUGAUUAAGGAAGUGCAAGUGCUCAGAGAAGAGCUGAGGAGUCGAGACAAGACUAUUGCUCAGCUCACAUUGCAGUGUCAACAGCUACAACAACAUCAGCGAGAACAAAUGUUUGCUCAAGGACGUCAGGUCAGGUGUCAGUGCCACCACCAGAGGGCUCCCUCUUCACUACGACAGAGCGACAGACAGAUGGACAAACGGGUGCAGCAUCACUAUGACAAGGCCACCCAGACAUACUGGAGAUCGCCCAGCCAUGCCCCUCAAAUACUACAGCCUUUCAGCCCCUGCCUCAACGAGCGCCUCCACCAGGGAAGAAUAGUAAAAACUCCCCCCACCGAGGGCCACAGUGACCUCACAAGGAGCAGAUCAGAGGAAGGAACCCAUAUAGAUGGUGACCGUCCUCUUGAAGGCCUUAUGGCAGAUGUGUCCGGCCCAGCAGACCCCGACAAGCUGAGUCAUCUCCUCAGUACCCAUCAACAUGGCCCGGGCUCUGGAGCUCCACAGGGGGUAACUGCUAGAGACAGUCCAGCAUCAGCAGCUCAGUCUGCAGCGCAGCAUGAGUUGAGAGCCCCUGCGGUGAUACUGCAGAACUCUGUCACUCCUAGAUCUUCUGGUUCGACUUGCCCUCGCAUGCUGCAGCCUCCUCGCCUUCACAAGCGUGUGUCUCUCCCUGCGCUCAAGCCAGGGGGCACCGUUGGCUUUGCUUCUCUGAAGCUAGGGUCUUCCUUAGGACCUCUGGCCAGCCAAACCAAGCAGCUGCCCCCUCCGUCUAGAGGCCUUCCCUGCUUUAAUGCCGGACCCCAGGUGCAGACACCAAGUCUGUGUCGCACUUCAUUGCUCCAGCCUCACAGAGCAUCAAACCCUUGCAGGGAUCGACGGUGCACCAACUCCAGCCUGGAGGAGCCUGACCAGGGGAUGUUCAAAGGCCCUGGGUCAGCCAAGAUCCUGAUCCCUUUGAGUCGAUCAUGCUUUCCCAAGCCAAAGAUUCCUUGAGGAGCUUAAAUCUACCCAUCAAAACGUAAAACCGUGGAAUCACUCUGACAUUGAUAUUCAUCCCCAUCUCUCCCCAGCCAAGCAACAUACACUGAGCUCAUGAACCCAUAUGGACCAUUCAGGGACUGCCUGUGUCGGUGAUAUUGGUAUUGUGACUGCUGUACAGUAUUGUUUCUAAAUUAGCUUCCACAACUCCAACCUGACUGAUUGAUCGAUAUCUAGUAUGUAGCAGAAUCUUAUCUUCACAACAAUCCACAGUGGUAAAUGACAGUUUUCAGAUUGAGGGAAGUUUAUGGAAUAAGAAAUGUCCAGUUUUGCACAUGCUCAAAAAGAAAAAAAACAAAAAACUAUUACUAUUUAGAGAAGUUAGUCUUUUGUUUUCUACCUGCUGGCUAUUACCACAUUUUAAAGUCUAAGUUCACUUGUCCUCACACAGCUGUGCCCUCUGACACACAGGUGCGUUUGGUUUUAAACAUUGAGGUGACAUGAACGUAACCUUUGCUGUGUAAUAGAAGGCCCAAGGGAAGAUGGAGGCAAAAACAAGAAAUGAGGAAGAAAGAAAGAACAAAAAAGAAUAAAAUAACAGUAGGAGUGAAAUAGGGGCUAGAGACUGAAAAGCGAAUUCGUCAAAGCUCUCUGGAGCUGUUACUUCCAGAAUGAAAAUGUUUGUAUAAAUGUGUGUGUGUGGAUGUGUGAAAUAGAGAGAUGAGAAACAGAGAGGUGAGGGACAAAGAGGAAAGCGGCUCCACACUGUGGGUGCAUACAUGUUUCUAGUUCAGCUCAAUGCACUUACAUCCUGAGUGAAACUUUGAACCCUGCACAUAUUAGCAAAAGGGGUCGAAGACCUUCUCUAUAAAUGCAGCUCAGAUGGAGACAUGGGCCUAUAGAAAACAAUAUAAUGCCGGUGGCAGAGAUAUGAUUAGUAGAAAGCAGUAAGCAUGUGAGGAAUUUGCUCUCAUAAUGUUGUGGGAAAGCGCAGCGUAAUAAAGCACUCACACACUUCAGUAAGCUCAGGUAUAAUGUAGGCUCACUCUUAUCCAUGCGCAAACACACACAAAGUACUCUAACACUCUGAAGUGUCUGUUAUUUCAGGGUUACUUUGUGCAUUUUUAGAUAGAAAAUUGUGAGGAGUAAUAGAAAGUAUAAUGAGAGAGCAGACAGCAGGCAACAAAGCUAAUUGAAUAUCUUACUGGGUAUUAGAAUACUUUAUUAGACAAUCAUAACAUAACAAAAUCUGCCCGUAAUGUGAGGAAAUGUCACUUGUUUCCAUCGCAAAUAUAUUUGUUUCAAAAGUGCUGUGAAAUUUUAAAGUUGGUUACAUCGGCUGCCUCAUUUUAAGACAUCACGACUUGACACAAGAAUAUUUUACAAGCCAAAAUCAGGUGGGAAAAGUGACACUUGAUUUAAGAAAGGAGAGUUAUGGAGUCAAUUAAAUAACUUUGGCAGUGCGCACUGACCUCCCAAUACUAUCUCCUUCAAUGACCCACACAUGGAAAUAUCAGCUAACAGGGAUUCAUUAAAUGUGUGAAGCUGCUGCGUGGUGUAUGUGUGUGUCUGAGUGUUUCAGCUGUUGUCUUUUUUUUUCCCCCCACUGUUUCUCUCCUCCUCUCGCUCUCUUGCACAUCUCUUUGGGAACAUCAAAGGUAUUAGCGCGGUAUUUUCAGGUAGGGAGCCUUCGGGGCUUUAGAGGUGUUUCGCUGGGAGUUUUGGAGAAUUGUGUUUAUCUCUCCUUUGCAGAGCCCUUUUGCAGUCAAACGCUUCCGAAAUGUCCCCUAACGGAGAGCAGCAGUGUGUUAAAAAGGCCUUCUGACAGCAACUCUGCUCUCUUCUCUGUUACGCCGCGUGACCGCUUGGUGUACGCCUCUGGCACUGUCCGGUCUACUGCGUCCAAUAAUGUACCCUGUAUAGACAGAGUGAGACAGAGAGAGAGAGAGACACACACACACACAUACAUAUCACAAGCAUACACAUCCGGACACCCAAGUUACAUAGACGCACAUGUACAGGAACUCUGACAAAACUCAAAGAGACACAAACUCAGAAGGAGCACACACAUUAAUUCACACUUCCCGGUAGCUGCACUAGUUCAGCAACACACACACACACUUUGAAUUUUAAAGUGCAUAAAAGUGUGUUAGUGUCGUCGGUAGUGUGUCGGUAGCUCUCACAAAAUAAGCGGUCCAAGUACACAUUGAUCCAUCUGUCGGCUGUUGCCCAAAAAAAAAAGAUGGCUGUCUCUAGAUUACCCUGGAAAUAGGCAGGAGCUUGUGUAUGUAUGUGUGUGUGUGUUUCUGAGUGUGGAUCCAUGUGGCUGAUAAAACAUGUUUACCUGUUGGAUGGCUCAACAUUGUGCUGAGCCAUCCAAGCAGUCAACGCUGCUCUGUGAAUCCAAGAAAAACUCAUUUCUUUUAAUGAAAACAGAAACAGAGACAGAAAGAUACAUACAGGAUGGGAUGAGAGGGAUGAGAGGAUAAGAGAGAUGCACAGUGAGAGACAAUAAGAUGGAGCCACAGGAAAGAACAAGAUUAAGAGAUGUAGUGAUGAACUAGUGCAGGCGCUCUGAUCAAGAUAAGCUGUUCCUGGCAGUCUUUUCUGCUUGUGAAUGUUUGUCUGACUGUGAAGGUGUGUAUAAGAGAGGAGAGGGAGACAGAAUACAUAGCAUAGUUUGUUUGUGUGCUCUGUUGUCCAGAGAAUAGUCUGAUCCCCUCAGCUGUGUCACUCACUGCUUAUUAAUGCCAAACAGGAAAUCAGUGUUGCCUGCUGUGUGUAUCUAUGUGUGUCUCCAGACACCUCUGGCAGCCAGUGUUUCAUUCUUGGAAGAGUGUGAGUGUGUGUGUGUGAGAGAGAGAGAGAGAGAGAGAGAGAGAGAGAGAGAGAGAGAGACAGAGAGAUGUGUCUGCCCACAGGCCAAAGGCAAAUACAUGCCAAGGAAAGCAGGGCAGUGCCAUCCCUCUAUCUCUCUGCUGUAUUCCCUAUCUCCAAAUCAAUAUCCCUGCUCAGUUUGGCAGUCAAGCCAAUCAGUCUUGCUUGCUAUGCUGUGACAAAACAACAACUGGACUGAAAACUCUCUGCACCAACUUGGAUCAAUUCUAAUACAGGCUCUUGAUUUGCUUAAUUUUGCUUAACUAACUAACUAAUUAUUAAGCUGCAUUACACAACAGGAAAAAAAGUUACCAAAGGGCCCAUGUUGUUCUAUAUUAGUACUCCGAAUGGCACAGAACUGCAUUUCAUCACUUGGUAUGCUUCUGUGAAGAUGUUUUGCAAUACAGUGAGGACGCACAUUAACUAAGAUACAUUACUUGACUUGUACAAAGGAAAUCCACUGAUAUUUAAAACAUAUGGUAGAGUUAGAGCGAAAAGAAAAAGACAGGCAUAUCUACAGUUUCAACCUUUGAUUUUACUUUGACAAACCCACACAUAAUUAUUACAUAACUCUAUGGCUUGCCUCAGCUCUGUGGAGCGUUUUAGCUCCUUCUAGCUUAGGUUUAAGUUUUUUUCAGCGAAAAAGCUCUGGUAAACCCAUUGCACACUACCUGCCCAGCACCAUACUGAAGAGAGACAAAUAAAGUCAGUGGCUAGGUGGUGAAUAUAGUGGAGCAUUUAGCAGCUAAAGAGCCACAUAUUUCCCUCAGGAGUUGGUGGAGAGCAAAGCAGUGAAACAAAUGUUGGAUGUAUAUUUGUCAGGUGGAGACAAACAUGGCUGCAAACGAAUGCAAAUUCUGCUACGUAUCUGCUGAGUGAGUAAAUGUUGUAAGCUACAUUUUGCUAACUCAUUUGAAUAUCAGCUUCAUAAAGUGACUGCAUGUCUGUGUUUACAUCUCGUGGCCAAACAGAUGCAGGUGGAAAACCAUCAUUAGGAGCAGUUGUUUCUUAGCCACCUCUACCUGCUCCCAGUGAUGGUGAAAGUAAAAUCCAGAGCUUGAAACUGCAGAUAUGCCUUUGUUUAUUUUUGGAGUAACUCUACUUAUAUACUUGACUUGUGGUUUAGUAUAUUUAUUGUCCAAGCAGCUACAGACACGGUAUGGUCCACUGAUGUACUUUAACGGCAGUUUCCAAUCCACCACUUCAAGUGUUACAGUUGUCAUUUUCAUCAUAGCUGAACUUCCGCCUACAAGUUCAAAGUGUUAGCAGUUAAAACACAUUCUGUAGUGUAGCUGCUCAUAGGUCACUGUAUUUAUCACUAGGCUAUAUAAUCUCCAGUAUCAGCUGCUUUCAGUUGGUAAGCACUAUCUUCAGAAUACUGUGCAAUACUAUUUGAAGCAAAAAGAUGAGGGAACGCUACACUAUAUUUUUAGUGACUUUUUAUGCAAAUGAAAAAAGAGCACAUAAAGCUUUUUAAAAAUUCUAAUCUGAAGCACUUUAAAUGACAUUAGUUGUUAAUGCUGAAUGAAUAUUAGACUGGAUUUAGAAGCUACUUAUACAUGGUUUAACUGUACCUGUUUGAUUUCUCUUAUUCUUCUUUCCCAAUUUGUCUCUGUUUGCAGUUAAUCAUACUUUUCUAGGGAGCAAUGUGAGACAGUAAUAAAGGUUGAACCAAAAAUCUGACAAAGGUGUUUUGGCUAAUCUUCCAUUUUAUCUUUCUUUGAUAUGUUGCUUCCAUCACAAUUGCUUGCAUGUUAGACCAGUAUCUUUCAGGUGUGUUUACCUUAAAUGUUUUACUGUAGGUCAGAGUUAAAAUGUUAAAAAUCAGGGUGGAGGACGGUGCUCUGCCAUCAGCCGGAGGCCACAGGUGAAAACACUGGUCCGACAGUGAGACGUACUACUUUGGCAGUCAGUGCUGUUCAUUGAUUUGGAUUAUACACCCUCAACAACACUUAAAUACACAAACAUAAAGCUGCUGAUCUCAGUACAAGAUGAAAGAGAAACCUCAUUCUCAGUUUGUUUUCCUGGUUUUCACUGUCUACUGGUUGUAUUUCUGUUGAAAUAAAGUAUGACUGUGAAA